AUGGGCUCCUGCACAUGCAGUCUCUAUGUAUGUUAUUUUCCUGUGCUAAUUGAGAGAGUAGUAAACGAAGAUGCUGCAACAGUUGGUGUCAUUGGUGUACAAACAAGAAAUGUGUUUGUCUGCCCCCCUCUUAUGUGUUAUCCAUUUAACGCUUCAUCUGAACAAGAUCAACGGAAGUUGAAUGGACCGUCAACUUUGGUUACGAAUUGUAUUUCAUUAGCACACGAUGAACGAAUUCUCUCUUAUGCAGCUUCAGCUGCCAUUAAACUCAUGGAUCUCCAGACUGGACGUGAAAUGCGAACAUUGGUUGGCCAUAAAGGACGAAUUAAUGCCAUAACCCAAAGUAAUAGGUCCAUAUAUAUGUGGGCAUCGGCAGCUACUGAUUGCACAGUAACUCUUUGGGAUACAAGGCAACAUCCGGCUAACGUACUAGUGCGGCGUUUUGAUCGUUCAACCAACUGUUUAUGUUAUAGCCCGAAUGAUGCUUUUAUAGCUCUAGGCUCUGAUCACCUGUACUUGAUGGACCCACGUGUCAAAGAGUAUAGAUCUCUUCCCUCUUCAUCUCAGGUAUUGCAUGUAUGCUUCCAUCCUUCUGAGUAUUUAUUGGCAACGGGAUCCAAGGACCGGCUAGUGCGUUUCUGGGACAUUGAUACUGAAGAAUGCGUUUCACAGAGUGAUCCGGCGGAUGGUACACUCAGAGAAGUUGCUUUUCAUAAUGAUGGCUCAGCUCUACUCACACUUACUGACCGCAAAUGUAACGCAAUCUCAUGGGAACCAUUCGAAAUGCUCGGACAGUGUAUAAUUCCAAAGAUGGAUUAUUGCUUAAGUUUGGCGACCUCAGAUUCAGAAGUUUUUCUUCUUGGACGAUCUAUGGUGCCGAGCAGAUUAUCGUUACUGAUGACACCUUAUGCGAAACUUCUUGCUGAACAAGAGUCAUUAGAAAACGAAAAUCAAAGUGACAAGCUAAAGGCAGCGGACAAACUAGAAGAUCUGUCGGACGCAAGCCCUGGUGAUUCAAGUAGGAACGAGCUGGAAGAAUUAUUAUUGGAAAAAAAGGAACCAGUGCAUUACUACGAUGAUCACACCGCAUUUAUACCGACACAUACAUUACCACGUACACCACCUUCAGGGUCUGUACGAGUAAUACCGCACGCUAAAGAUGCAACUGUUGCUAUGACCACGACAACUGCACCACUGACGGCGAUUAUAUCAAUGUCUGCUAAAACAAAAACAUUGAAAACGAAGCGAAAUAAUACAAAUUCGAAACUGGUCCAUUCAAAAGUUGCCAGUACCUCGCGAAAAAUGGGUGGUAUGAUCUUGCGAACAUCACAGUCUAAUUUAUCUCGAAAAGGAGCGCAUUCUUACGGUAAAACAGCAGUAGAAGUAACCAAUUCAAUGCCAGACAUUCGGUGUGCUGUCUUUAGAAAGAAGGAAGAGAAAAACCGUGGUCUUGGUGAUAAUGAUGAAAUGAAACGUCAACGAAAGCAGUUGUGUCGGGAUCGAGAUCAGGAAAUAUCAAGCGAAUUAUAUAGUCUAGAUGAUGUAAUUGCUGGUUUAGACAAACUUGAAAUGAUAAUCAAUCAACGACGUAUGGUGUUGGAGGACGUGUUACGCUGUUGGCGAACACGCGGCUCUGAAGCGGCGGUCACAGAAGCUGCGCGAUCCAAUGAUAUAGCUGUAUUAGUUGAGCUGAUUGACGCAUUCAAUCAUAUGCCUGCAGUUUGGAAUUUGACAUUGUGUGUGGCUAUUCUGCCCUAUAUCGAACCAUUAUUUGCAAAUAAACAUGAAGAUUAUGUGGAGGUAGCAUUAAGUGCGCUCAGGGCGAUAAUUACGGGUUGUGGAGAUGUGAUUCGUACAGGUUUCCACCGUCGUUUUCAAAUUGGUGUUGAUGUUCCUGCUGAAGAACGACACAAUAAGUGUAUAAAAUGUAUGCAGCAGCUGACAAAUAUAAGGGUUAAGGCUACGUUGUUGACCGAUCGUAUGAAUAAGUCGCAGUCGCAUGAAUUCACUGCUCUUAUGCAAAUUUUUGACGACACAUUGUCGCCAAUUUAG